AUGGUGAGGGAGGACAGGAGAAAGAAAGGAUCUGUUAAAAAAAGAAAAAGAAGGGGUUUUUAUGGUGUACGACCGCAGGAGAAAGUGAACGAGAUCAGAAAUGACCCAGCAAGUAUGGACGGAAAUGCCAACAGUUCGGCUGUUUUGAGCGACAAUCCUUUGCCAAUUUCAACCCCUGCUGUCGAAAAUAUUUCAACUAAGAAGCUGUUGAACAGUUCCUUUGAAAAUUUUGAAGCUAAAAGUGGAGUUUUGACACGCGAACAAGCUAGGAAGGUUGGAUUAAGAUCGACACCUGAUGUUGAAAUGGCGAAGGGAUUCAAACUACAAGAUGCCAUUCUUUUGAAUGAUUGUAUUUCUACUGCAGCCAUAUGCAGUUCCUGCCGUAAAACUACAUCCAAGCUUAGUCUUUACCAGAAGAACAGUGAGAGAGAAGGUUUGUCAGAGUCUCUGUUUUUGAAAUGUACAGCUUGUGAAGCGGUCACUCCACUGACAACCAGCAAACGACUUGAUGGAAAGGGUGGUGGGUCGCAUGAAGUCAACCGGAGAGCAGCUUUGGCAUCAGGUCAACUCGGGCAUGCUGGACUCUCACAAUUUUGUGCCAUUAUGAACUUACCUCCACCUGUGGCUAAAGAGGCAUAUAAAAAGCAUCUCAUUCAAAUUGAAAAGGCUACCAAGAACAAUGCGGAAGAGGUAAUGAAUGAUGCGGCCAAGCGGUUAUGGAAGAAGGUUUCAAUUGAACGGCCGGAUGACAUUGAGAUGGAAGGUGAUGAGGAGAUCGCUUGUGUUUCUGUGACAGUUGACGGUACUUGGCAGAAAAGGGGACACUCAUCCAAAAUAGGAGUUGUGUUUGUUAUUUCGGUUGAUACGGGUGAAAUUCUAGACUAUGAAGUGAAGUCGCUUUUCUGUCAUGAAUGCAAAGCUCAUAAUAGUUGGAAUCCAGAAAGCGAUGAAUACAAAGAAUGGAAGAAGGCUCAUGAACAGAACUGUGAAGUAAACCAUGAUGGAUCAUCUGAGGAGAUGGAAGCUGUGUCUGCAGUUGACAUCUUCUCUAGAAGUAUUGAAACAAGAAAGUUGAAAUACACAACUUUUGUUGGUGAUGGAGACAGCAGUAGUUUUGGACGGGUGAAAGAAGCAUUGGAGAAGAAAUUUGGGUCUACUUAUGAAGUUAAAAAAGAAGAAUGUGUGGGACACGUACAAAAGAGACUUGGAACAGCAUUGAGAAAGUAUAAGAAUGAUAGAAAGGGAAAAAAACUUUCAGAUGGUAAAGGUGUUGGAGGAAGGGAACGAUUGACAGACAAGGUUAUUGAUAAAAUGCAGAACUAUUACGGCAAAGCUAUUCGGGGAAAUAAAGGAGAUUUGGAAGGCAUGAAGAAAAGCAUCAAGGCAAUUCAACACCAUAUGGUGAAGAAUGAAAACAUUUCAUUAGAAAAGCAACACGAGUACUGUCCCAAAUCUGGAGAUACGUGGUGCAAGUAUUGGAAGGACAAAAACGAUGGCACAAAUUUGUACAAUGAGGAUAAUCGGUUGUCAGAGGUUUUUAUGGAUGAACUGGAUCCAAUAUUUACCAGACUGUCAAAAGAUGACCUCCUUAUUAGAUGUUUAAAAGGCAUCACCCAGAAUCAAAAUGAAGCUGCGAAUGGGGUGCUGUGGUCUAAGUGUGCAAAAACAAAGUUUUGCGGGGCCAGAAGAGUUCGCAUAGCAGCAUGUGAAACAAUUGCUGCAUUCAACACUGGUGCUGCAAGCAAAGCAGUGGCCUUGGAUCUAUGUGGUGUUACCCCUGGUGUCCACACAAUGAAAGCACUCAGAAGGCAAGAUGAUGUAAGACUGAAGAAUGCGGCGAAAAAAGUGAGCGAGAAGUAUCGGAAGAAAAGGCAAAAACUCCGUUCUGCGAAGAAAGAUAAAGCAGACAAGAAGUCGUACCAACCAGGUGGAUUUGGUCUAAGUGCAAAGCCUAUUGAAAAUCCUGAGUCCAAGAAGAGAAAAAGAGCACCAAAAAAGAAAAAGGAACAGCAAAACAUUCAAAUUAAAUUUGUUAUGCCAACUUUUGAAGUGGUCGCAAAGAAGCGACGGAAAUGA